AUGAGCCAAAUAUUGACAACCCGCCAGGCUGAGGAGCUGCACAAGUCCAUUAUUGCGUACCUCUCCGCGAACAAUCUCCCAAACACCGCUGCGGUCCUGCGAGAAGAGCUGGGUCUGUCGGAAGAGACCCUCGAUGUCAACACUGUCAAGAAAUAUGAGGGGCUUCUCGAAAAGAAGUGGACCAGCGUGGUCAGAUUGCAGAAGAAAAUAAUGGAGCUUGAGUCGCGAUCAGCCGCCUUGCAGUCUGAGAUCGACAACGCGACACCGACCUCACUGUCCAAACGAAAUCAAGAUCCGGCAAGCUGGCUGCCCAAGGCGCCUGCGCGACAUACCCUGCAGUCACAUCAAAAAGCAGUCAAUUGCGUGGCCUUCCAUCCAGUAUUCUCCUCCUUGGCAUCCGGCUCGGAAGAUACGACCAUCAAAAUAUGGGACUGGGAACUUGGUGAGCUGGAGAGGACAGUCAAAGGCCACACGAGGGCUGUAUUGGACGUGGACUUUGGCGGGCCGAGAGGGGGCACCCUGCUAGCCAGCUGUUCGAGCGACCUGACUAUCAAGCUAUGGGAUCCGGCAGACGAAUACAAGAACAUCAGAACCUUUCCUGGCCACGACCACAGCGUAUCUGCUGUACGAUUUAUCCCUUCAGGCGCAGCAGGCGCAGCCUCUUCUAGCAACCUGCUAGUAUCCGCCUCCCGUGAUCAUACCCUUCGGAUAUGGGACGUGACCACGGGGUACUGCGUCAGAACCCUGCGAGGACAUGCCGACUGGGUACGAGAUGUUUGUCCCUCGGUUGACGGGCACUUCCUUCUCUCUGCUGGGAACGACCAGACGGCACGUCUCUGGGACAUUUCAGUCCCGAACCCUGAAGUCAAGCUCACGUUCAUCGGCCACGAACACGUCGUGGAGUGUGCUGUGAUAGCCCCUGCAACGGCCUACACCCAUCUCGCAACUAUCGCAGGGCUAAAGAAACCGCCGGCAGCAACAUCUCUCGCGGAAUACAUGGCGACCGGCAGCAGGGACAAGACCAUUAGGCUUUGGAAUGCCCAAGGGACGUGCAUUAAGACCCUGGUGGGCCACGACAACUGGGUGCGCGCACUGGUAUUCCAUCCCGGCGGCAAGUAUUUGCUGUCAGUCAGCGACGAUAAGACGCUGCGUUGCUGGGACUUGGCACAGGAAGGCAAGUGCGUCAAAAAGCUCGAAGGUGUGCACGAGCAUUUUGUCAGCUGUCUGAGGUGGGCUCCUGUGAUAGUGAAGGAUGCUCCUGCAGCGACGAACGGAGAGAACGGGUCAAACGGGACAUCGACGCCCAAGAAGAACUCCGCCAGCGCUGAUGUCCAGAUCCGCUGUGUGAUCGCGACGGGUAGUGUCGAUCUGAACGUGAGGAUAUUCGCAAACUGAGCCGUCGGAAGCAAACUAUACUGCAGCCGAUACGAUGGUAAUCGGCGCUACCCUGG